AUGCUGCUCGACACCAUGCUGGAUCAAUUCCUGAGUGUGAUCGUCGGGAUCGAGCAGUUCGACGACCUUGACAAGAUGCCAUUCGAGGAAACCGUGGGGCGGCUGAAGGCUUUUGAAGAAUGUGCUCACUCGCUGAGUGUUAGGCGCGAUAGAAGAAGGAUGGCGGUGACUCCUCAUCAAGCAACAAGGGUAAAUACCACCCUCCUACAGAUAGCAACCGCGGUCGAGAUGGUCAUGGAAGCAGUAGAGGCCAUGGAAAAGGUGGACGUGGUGAUGGGGCAUUACGUGAAUGAAUGCAAGGCACAAAAGAAGAAGGAGGAAGAGAAAGUGUCAGAGGAGAUGAUACCAGGUCUGCAGCAAAGGCGGCAUGCUAUGUUGCUGAAUGAAGAGAAGUUGAAGGCGGAGCUACGCGACACCAUAGAGGUUGGUUCCAGCUCUGAGGUUUGGUACCUGGACAACGGAACUAGUAAUUACAUGACCGGUGAUAAAGAGAAGUUCAGAGAGGUCUACUACAUUAAUAGACUGUGCAGAUACAUCAUCAACCUAGGACAACUUACCGAGGUUGGACACAAGGUGAUCCUGGAUGCUGAACAUCUACGCGUAUAUGAUAGUAGUCCUACGCGAUUGCUAAUGAAAGUGAGGAAAACUCCAAAUUGCGUCUACAAGAUCGAGCUGCAUCAGGCGAUGCUAGUGUGUUUCUUAGCUAACCUUGAAGACCCCGCAUGGCUAUGGCAUGCGAGGCUUGGUCAUGUCAACUUGAAUGCUAUAAAGCUGCUCGUUGACAAGGAAAUGGCGAUAGGGGUAUCACUGAUCACGCACUCAAACUAG